AUGGCAACACCUUCAGCCAAGCCUGGCGCCACGCCAACUCAUCUCACUUCCUCGCCGCACCCAUCCUCUGCGCCUCUCUCUCGGUCCAUUGCCCACAAAUCCCCUUCUACAAGAACACCGACAGCCUCCGGUCCCGGGCAUACACACCAAAUAAGUGUUUCUUCAUCCCAUCAAUACGCCACACCUCUCGCCGUAUCAAACGCAGUCGAUGAUUCCGUCAAUUUCAGCUCUCCCUCCGCGUUACUUGCGCUUGGCGGUUACACUGGAAUCAGCCCGUCACCAGCGGUUCACGACGCUCUUGUUGGUCACGGCAUGCAUGAUAACGAUAUACAAAAUUUAGGCAUGCAGGGUCUUAAGCUCGGGAUGGGCCGAGAUAACGACCAGGAACAGAGACAUCGAAUUGAGGAAGUGGUGCUGUGUCUACAUGCGCGCGUUGCGGGCCGGGGUGUGUCUCGGGAGGGAGUUGAACGACUGAGUCGGUUGGAAGGGUUUGAAUCAAUUUGGCAGGAUAAUGACAUCAAUAUCGCCGGCAAUUUUGUCGAUCUGGAGAUCGAGUUUCAUGCUGGCCAUGAUAUCGUCAAGAAUGUUAGCUUGCGAUAUGCUACGCCAGAGUACACGGAAGGUGAGGUAAGAGGCGAAGCAACUGCGGUCUUGAAACGCAAUCUAGUCCAGUCGCCCCAAGACAGUGAGACGGGAAAUUGGAAGUCCCUCAAGGGCUUCCACGAGAACUUGCAGUGGCUUGCGAAAUUGGAUAAGCUCAGCCAGGAAGUGAACUGCUUCGAGGCGCUGGAGGGUCUCGAGGAGAAUCUCAAGCGGAUUUGGGUUGAAGAAAGGAAGCAUAGCAAAUAUGGCGGAGAUUAUGAACAUCUAUGUUCUGGCAUUAUCGGGCGCCCAAGCAUGCAUAAAGGAUCUCGAAUUGGUCUCGGCCUGGAGUUCUGGGUCGAUCAGGCCAAAGUCUUGGAUUUCAAGGCAAGGAAAUCACCCGACGCAAUGGCAAUUGAUGAAGAGGCUGUCGAGAUGGAAGACCAAGAACGGAUAUGGACUGUGAUGAUUGAGUGUGAAGAAGGAUACCCAUCCCUUCGCAUUUCCAAAGAGUGGAUCGGAAGCGAGGCCUUCACAUCUGGAGAUAAGUCCGAAUCAUCGCCCUCAGCUGAGACAGUGCGACAUAUUCAAUGGCUUGAACCUCCCCAAACUAUGAGACUCUCGCAUGGAGACCACCCCGAUCCAAUGGCUCUUGAUUCAAGUAUGCUUGAGUCAUCACCGCCAAAUCGUCGCUUCGUUGCUAAGCUAGAGCCUGCUCUUGACAUCCCUGUUCCCGCGGCCUUGGAAAUAUAUCGACACCUCGGAAUGCAGUUACCGCAUGAUUUCAAAAUGAUUACAUAUGAUGGCUUGCUGGUAUCAGACUUGACAUCGGGUGAUGCAUCGCCUCAACCUGGCCGCAGAAAGCGUAGGAUGUCUGUACAUUCUUUUGAUUCCACUGGUGGAUCUUCUGUCAAGCAGCAUAACUACACUUUCCAAGCAUUCGAAUCUGUUUCAGGCCGCAAGAUUCGUGAGCUUCCAUUCUCUCAUCCUCGACAACUCGCCGAAAUCCUUCCCAUAUUCCGUCAAUACGCUUUGCUCGCUAGUUUGAUUGGUAAAGUUUUCAAAGUCCCCGCCCAGGAAGAAGCGGCCAUGAAGGCAGACUUGAAAACGACACCGAGAAAAUCUCCUUCCGGCUCAACUUCGGGCCUAAUUUUGGCGUCAGAUUCAAAUCUCUUCGCUGGCUCAGAAACCAUCAUUACCCUCAGCAAUGAUGACCCUAAUGAAGAGAAACUCAACAUGCUGCUCAGCAACGGGUUCCCAACUGCGGACAACUCUAGCGGAAUUUUCUCCUGGUCUGUUGACGGUCAGGGAAGUGACCGGCUGUUUAUGACAGAUGUCAAGGUAGAUGUGACAUUACGCACACAAAUCGGACAAGCACCCGCUCUCAUGUUGCUUAUCACAGACCCCGGUAGAGAUACCGGAAACGUCGAGAAGUUCGUACGCCAAUCAGUGCAGGUUUCGCUCUGCUUCGAGGUUGGCCUUAAUGGCCGUAUCACCGUGGUUGACAGCUCAGGGCUUGAUGCAACCAAUGGUGAUACCGGGGAUACCGAGAUGCAAGGGUCGAAUGACAAGCCAAGCCUGCAUGAUAUCCACAAAAAGAUCGCCAGGGUCUUGGAGACCUCGCAGGACUUGGGUAUCCUGGUGGAAUGGGUCCUGCGGGAACGGCUCGGCAGCGGUUAA